AUGCCCGAAGUCAAAUACGCCAUGAAGUCCCGCACUGGAAGAGACAACCAGCGUUGCUACGGCCCCAAAGGUGAGCGCUUGGUUGCCGGAGUCGUCCCACUUUCACCCGACAAGACCAAAGUCCUCCUCAUCCAGUCGAGUUCUCGCAAGGGUUGGGUCCUGCCAAAGGGAGGAUGGGAGAAAGAUGAAGCCACAGCAGCAGCAGCCGCGAAGAGAGAGGCAUGGGAAGAAGGCGGCAUCAUCGUCCGUGUCGAGAAAGAUCUGGGCGUAAUUCUCGACACACGUCCUACUACUCCGUCCACCAACAACAACAAUCCCAAAGUCAUCUAUCAAUUCUUCGAGGCUGUCGUCACUGAGCAGCGCAGCGAGUGGCCUGAGAAAGCGAAACGAGAGCGCAAGUGGUUCACCUUCGCCGAGGCUUCCGAGCUGUUUGCCCAACGCUCCGAGCUACUCGAGGCUCUCAAGCGAAGCGGCUGCAAAAAGUGA